AUGUCUUCGAAAAAGAUUGUGUUGACAAGCUCUGAUGGCGAGUCUUUCGAAGUUGAGGAAGCGGUGGCAAGAGAAAUGCAGAUCGUAAGGCACAUCAUCGAAGACGGUUGUGCUACUAACGCAAUCCCGCUUCUAAAUGUUACAGGAAUGAUCCUCGCCAUGGUUAUCGAGUAUUGCAAGAGACACGUCGAUGAUGAUCAUGUAGCAACUGAGGAUGCGAAGAAGAAGCUCAAGGAUUGGGACGAAGAGUUCAUGAAGAAUCUUGAUGUUGAUACGAUCAUUAGCCUCGUUGUCGCUGCUGACUAUAUCCAUGUGUGA